AUGGCCGAUCCUUCGUCCACCUCGCCUGCAAAGGUGGUGGAUAUUCACACCCACAUGUAUCCUCCUUCCUAUGUCCAGAUCCUCGAGUCACGGUCCACCAUCCCUCUGGUCCGGAAAUUCGCCAGCUCGCCGGACCCGCGCUUGAUCCUGCUCGAGGCCGAGGUGCCGUCCCUCACCGGCGCCGAUGAUGCGUCGGCCAAACCUCCGGGGCGGCCCCUGACCAAGCACUACUCCUCACUGGCGCAGAAACUACACUUCAUGGACACUCACAAAAUCGACAUCUCAGUCAUCUCACUCGCAAACCCAUGGCUGGACUUCCUGGAGCCAUCGGAAGCGGGCCCCUUUGCGGCCUCCGUGAACAAGGAGUUUAGUGACAUGUGUGCUGCCCACCCCGGACGGCUGUUCUUCUUCGGCACACUCCCCCUAACCGCACCUCUGUCCACCAUACAGGAAUCCAUCACACAACUAAAGGGGCUCGACUACUGUCGCGGCGUGAUCCUGGGCACCUCAGGCCUAGGCAAAGGGCUGGACGACCCCAACCUCGUGCCCAUCUUCCAGGCCCUCGCCGACGCGGGGCUGACCAUCUUCCUGCACCCGCACUACGGCCUGCCAAACGAGGUCUGGGGCCCUCGCGCCUCGGAGGAGUACGGCCACGUCCUGCCGCUGGCGCUUGGCUUCCCGAUGGAAACGACCAUCGCGGUGGCUCGCAUGUACCUGGCGGGCGUGUUCGACGCGGUGCCCAAGCUGCAGAUGAUCCUGGCGCACAGCGGCGGGACGCUGCCCUUCCUCGCGGGCAGGAUCGAGAGCUGCGUGCUGCACGACGGGCACUUGGUGCGCGAGGGCAAGGUCACGCCCCAGAGGCGGACGGUGUGGGACGUGCUCAGGAGCCAGGUGUACCUGGACGCGGUCAUCUACAGCGAGGUGGGCCUCAACGCCGCCAUCGAGGCGAGCGGUGGGGCGGACAGGCUGAUGUUCGGGACGGACCACCCUUUCUUCCCGCCGCUGGGCACGGAUGAGGACGGCGAGUGGGAGAGCGUGGGCAUGAAUGCUGAGGCUGUGAACAAGGCGUUGGGUGAAGGUUCGGAGAAGGCGAAGGGGGUCAUGGGCGAGAAUGCUGGGGGUGAGGAGACCUUCGGCUACAAAUAUGCCUUCACCCAGCAUCUCCGCGACCUAGUCGCCGAGCGCCUUCCCAAGCUCGACGUCCAGGUGCUGGUGUACCCCAAGUACGAGACGCGCGGCGACCUGGCGGACUGCGUGUCGCGGUUCCGCGACUGGCUGCAGGAGAAGGUGAUCGACAUCGAGGUGGGCAAGGGCACGCCGUCGCCGACCGUCGAGCCGUCGGUGCGGGUGGUCCUGUGCGGGCACUCGAUGGGCGGCAUCGUAGCCGCCGAGACCGUCAUCGCCCUGACCAGCGAGCGCGUCAUCCCGCCGUCGUCGGCGUCGGGCGGCUCCGGCGACGGCAACCACACCGCCGCCCCCGCCGAGGCCGACCGCAUCGACCUCAACGGCCUCAUGUUCCCCUACGUCCAGGGCGUCCUCAGCUUCGACACCCCCUACCUCGGCAUCAGCCCCGGCGUCGUCGCCCACGGCGCCGAGACCCACUACAGCACCGCCAGCGCCGCCUUCUCCCAGCUGAGCACCCUGACCGGCCUGUGGGGCGCGAAGAGCGCCGCCGACCAGGGCAAGGACGCCCAGGCGCAGCGGGGCCAGGAGAAGAAGCCCGUCGCCGCGCUGCCGGCGCCCAGCGGAGCCGGGAACACCGGCAAGGCCAACGAGUCGUCGUCGACGUGGGGCAGCUGGGGCAAGAUGGCCCUAUACGCGGGGGCGGGCGCGGCGCUCGCCGGCAGCGCCGCGGCGGCGUACCUCAAGCGCGACCAGCUGACCGAGGGCUGGACGUGGGUGUCGUCGCACCUCGAGUUCGUGGGCUGUCUCGCGCGUGGGGAGGAGCUGCGGCGGCGCGUGGCAUACAUGGCGCGCGUGCAGAAUGAGCUGGGCGUCGGCUUCGGCGUCCUGUACACACGCCUCGGCAAGGGCGCCACCGCCCUGCAGCAGCAGGUCGCGGGCAUCGGCGGCACGAACAUGGUUGGCACCGUGCUGGGCAGCCAGAGGACGUUCUGCAACCUGCCGAGCAAGCGCAACGGGCCCGAGAAGCUGGGCGUGUGGGAGGAGGCGGUCAACGAGCAGGCCGGGGACGAAACAUCGGCGCAUAUGGCGAUGUUUGAGCCAAAGGAGAACCCCGGUUACGAUAAGCUUUCUCAAAACGCGGCGGAGCUCAUCGCGAAAUGGUCGGCGAAUGAUUGGUAUGAAAGCAGCACGGAGGGAGAGAUUUCACAGGAUAAAGACACGACGCCAGACUCGGCCUCGGACAGAGAUGUGGCUGAGGAUGAGGAUAUCACCGCGAAGGGAGAGGUUGUGCAGUACGCGCCACCGUCUUGA